UUGGGCUGCCCGGCCCAACGCCUGAAGGAGCGGAAGGACCUCACCGGGCUACCUAGCGCAGUGCCUGACGUUCCGGCGCCGCCGCAGGGAAGAGGCCGGAAGUGACAUGAGCACCGUCUUGCGAAGCCCCCGGGCUCUCCAGCUCACGCUGGCCUUGCUCAAACCUGAUGUAGUUGCUCAUCCACUGAUUCUGGAGGCUAUUCAUCAGCAGAUUCUGAACAACAAGUUCCUGAUUGUACGAAUGAAAGAACUAUUAUGGAAAAGGGAAGAUUGCCAGAGGUUUUACCAAGAACAUGAAGGGCGGUUUUUCUAUCAGCGGCUGGUAGAGUUCAUGGCCAGUGGGCCAAUCCGAGCCUACAUCCUCGCCCACAAAGAUGCCAUCCAGCUCUGGAGAACACUGAUGGGACCCACCAGAGUGUUUCGAGCACGCUAUACAGCCCCAGAUUCUAUCCGUGGGAGUUUUGGCCUCACCGAUACCCGCAACACCACCCACGGCUCAGACUCUGCAGUUUCAGCCAGCAGAGAGAUCGCGGCCUUCUUCCCAGAGUUCAGCGAAGCACGUUGGUAUGAGGAGGAGGAGCCGCGGCUGCGCUCUAGUGCAGAGGGAGGUAGGCCCUGUACCACUGAUGCAGGAUUCCUAGGACCAGCCUGAGACUUGUCGCGCUCUAAAAAGCCUUUUCACACAGCCCUCCGAGUCCAAACCAUUCUUCCAAGACUAGAAAAGCCAAGAUCAUGGCGCCAUCCAUGCUGGGCGCUACUAAUCUACCAGAGGGUCUAGCUCAUCACUGCCUACUCUUUAGCCUCUCGCGGUCUACCUCUUCUCUAGAAUGUUCCUGGGGAGUGAAGAAGGAUGGUGAUUCUUCCUUUUGCUGAGAACUAUCCCUCCUUUCUCAAAAAGGAGCUUGCUUCAUGGUCUUGCCUAGACAAG